GAUUGGAAGCUGUAAGAAUGUAACAGUUAUGUCUCUACGUUCCAAUAAACUGGAAUUUCUUCCUGAAGAGAUUGGACAGAUGCAGAAACUAAGAGUCUUAAAUUUGAGUGACAACAGGUUGAAGAAUUUACCAUUCUCAUUUACCAAACUUAAAGAACUUGCAGCUUUGUGGCUUUCUGACAAUCAGUCAAAAGCCCUUAUCCCUUUACAAACUGAAGCCCAUCCAGAAACAAAGCAAAGAGUAUUGACUAACUACAUGUUUCCCCAGCAACCUCGUGGUGAUGAAGAUUUCCAGUCAGACAGUGACAGCUUUAACCCAACACUGUGGGAAGAGCAGAGACAACAACGCAUGACUGUUGCCUUUGAAUUUGAAGAAAAAAAGGAAGAUGACGAAAAUGCUGGGAAAGUUAAGGAUCACUCUUGCCAAGCCCCCUGGGAAAGGGGCCAGCGUGGGAUUACUCUCCAACCUGCCAGACUGUCUGGCGAUUGCUGCACACCAUGGGCCAGGUGUGAUCAGCAGAUCCAAGAUAUGCCCGUCCCCCAGAAUGACCCACAGCUGGCAUGGGGUUGUAUAAGUGGCCUCCAGCAGGAAAGGAGCAUGUGUACUCCAUUGCCAGUUGCAGCACAAUCCACCACUCUUCCCUCUCUAAGUGGCAGACAGGUUGAAAUAAACCUAAAACGAUAUCCAACUCCUUACCCAGAGGAUUUAAAGAAUAUGGUAAAAUCUGUUCAAAAUCUGGUGGGUAAGCCAAGCCAUGGAGUGCGUGUUGAGAAUUCAAACCCAACUGCUAACACGGAGCAAACUGUGAAAGAAAAGUAUGAACACAAGUGGCCUGUAGCCCCAAAGGAGAUUACAGUGGAGGAUUCUUUUGUUCAUCCAGCUAAUGAAAUGAGGAUUGGGGAACUUCACCCUUCAUUAGCUGAGACCCCUCUGUACCCACCCAAACUUGUUCUGCUAGGGAAGGACAAAAAAGAAUCAACUGAUGAGUCUGAAGUUGACAAAACUCACUGUCUGAAUAACAGUGUUUCCUCAGGCACUUACUCAGACUACUCACCUUCCCAGGCUUCCUCAGGAUCCUCUAACACCCGGGUUAAAGUGGGGUCCUUGCAGACAACAGCUAAAGAUGCAGUACAUAAUUCUUUGUGGGGUAACAGGAUUGCACCAUCUUUCCCACAGCCUCUUGAUUCAAAGCCAUUACUCAGCCAGCGGGAGGCUGUUCCCCCAGGGAAUCUACCACAGCGUCCUGACCGGCUGCCAAUGAGUGAUGCCUUCACUGACAACUGGACUGAUGGUUCACAUUAUGAUAACACAGGGUUUGUUGCAGAGGAGACCACAGGCGAGAAUGCCAACAACAAUCCUCUCUUAAGUUCAAAAUCUAGAAGCACAUCUUCUCACGGACGCAGACCUUUGAUUAGGCAGGAUAGGAUUGUUGGUGUUCCCCUGGAACUUGAGCAGUCUACACACAGACACACACCAGAAACAGAAGUGCCUCCUUCCAAUCCUUGGCAGAAUUGGACCAGAACCCCUAGUCCUUUUGAAGACAGGACCGCUUUCCCUUCCAAAUUAGAGACAACCCCCACCACCAGCCCAUUGCCUGAAAGGAAAGAACAUAUAAAAGAAUCUGUUGAAAUACCUAGUCCUUUUUCUCCAGGAGUACCAUGGGAGUAUCACGAUUCCAAUCCCAACAGGAGUCUUAGCAAUGUCUUUUCUCAAAUCCACUGCCGCCCAGAAUCUUCUAAAGGUGUUAUUUCCAUUAGCAAAAGCACAGAGAGGCUUUCCCCACUAAUGAAAGAUAUCAAGUCCAAUAAAUUCAAAAAGUCACAGAGUAUUGAUGAGAUUGACAUUGGUACGUACAAGGUUUAUAAUAUACCAUUAGAAAACUAUGCUUCUGGGAGUGAUCACUUAGGAAGCCAUGAACGACCAGAUAAAAUGUUGGGACCAGAGCAUGGUAUGUCCAGUAUGUCUCGAAGCCAGUCAGUCCCAAUGCUGGAUGAUGAGAUGCUCACUUAUGGAAGUAGUAAAGGGCCACAACAACAGAAGGCUUCCAUGACAAAAAAAGUCUAUCAGUUUGACCAAAGCUUCAAUCCCCAAGGAGCAGUGGAAGUUAAAGCCGAAAAGAGGAUACCACCCCCCUUUCAACACAAUUCUGAGUACGUGCAACAGCCCAGCAAAAACAUCGCCAAGGAUUUGGUUAGUCCUAGAGCUUACAGAGGAUACCCACCAAUGGAGCAAAUGUUCUCAUUUUCUCAGCCAUCUGUUAAUGAGGAUGCUGUGGUGAAUGCCCAGUUUGCAAGCCAAGGUGCCAGGGCAGGCUUCUUGAGAAGAGCUGACUCCCUGGCGAGCUCCACAGAAAUGGCCAUGUUUAGAAGGGUCAGUGAACCUCAUGAGCUGCCUCCGAGUGAUAGGUACGGCAGACCUCCAUAUAGGGGAGGUCUGGAUCGCCAAAGCAGCGUUUCAGUGACUGAGUCCCAGUUCCUGAAAAGGAAUGGCAGGUAUGAAGAUGAACACCCUUCAUAUCAAGAAGUGAAAGCUCAGGCGGGAAGUUUUCCAGUUAAAAACCUUACCCAGAGGAGGCCACUGUCUGCAAGAAGCUACAGUACAGAGAGUUACGGUGCCUCCCAAACCAGGCCAGUUUCAGCUAGGCCUACUAUGGCAGCUCUUUUGGAAAAAAUACCAUCUGACUAUAACUUGGGUAACUAUGGUGACAAGCCAUCAGAUAACAGUGAUAUAAAGACGAGGCCUACUCCUGUGAAGGGAGAGGAGAGCUGUGGUAAAAUGCCUGCAGACUGGAGACAACAGCUGCUUAGACAUAUAGAAGCUAGAAGGUUAGACAGGACCCCGUCCCAGCAAAGCAACAUUUUAGACAAUGGACAAGAAGAUGUAUCUCCUAGUGGCCAAUGGAAUCCUUAUCCUCUUGGGAGGCGGGAUGUACCUCCGGACACCAUUACGAAAAAGGCAGGAAGCCACAUCCAGACUUUGAUGGGGUCCCAAAGCCUUCAGCAUCGGAGCCGGGAGCAGCAGCCAUAUGAGGGAAAUAUAAACAAAGUGACCAUCCAGCAAUUUCAGUCACCAUUGCCUAUUCAGAUCCCCUCUUCACAGGCCACCCGGGGACCUCAGCCUGGACGGUGCUUAAUUCAAACUAAAGGGCAAAGGAGUAUGGAUGGAUAUCCAGAGCAGUUUUGUGUGAGAAUAGAAAAGAAUCCUGGCCUUGGAUUUAGUAUCAGUGGUGGAAUUAGCGGACAAGGAAAUCCAUUUAAACCUUCUGACAAGGGUAUCUUUGUUACUAGGGUUCAGCCUGAUGGACCAGCAUCCAAUCUGCUGCAGCCUGGUGAUAAGAUCCUUCAGGCAAAUGGACAUAGUUUUGUACAUAUGGAACAUGAAAAAGCUGUAUUACUACUGAAGAGUUUCCAGAACACAGUAGACCUAGUUAUUCAACGUGAGCUUACUGUCUAAAUAUUUUUUAUAAAUAGUGAAGAUACGUCUAGCCAGACCUAAUGUUCAAAAAAUAAAUUUAUACAUAGAAACAAAUUUUGCCAAUUGCUGGACCAAUGGCAAACAUUAGUGCCAAAUGUAUAAUACUAUAUGUUAGCACUGAUCAUCCUUAAAAAUGUUAACUAUAUAAAUAUGAUGUUCAUGUGGUUAUGUAUUAGUUUUAAUUGUCAGCCUCUGGCUGUGCAUUGGUGCAGUUUUGUUUUUGUUUUUGGUUUGUUUUUUUAAUCAAAUAAGUUUCUUCUCGAAGUGGAUUUCAUAUAAUUUCAGAGCACGGAAGCACAUACAAGCUCUUUACGAAUUCUGCUCUCCAUCAGAAACACUGCCUCAAAGUUGUAUAUGCCUUUAUAUAGAAAAUACAAAUAUAAAGAAUUGUAAUUCCCAUAAAAUAUUUCUAGCACAGGUAUAUGUUGGCAUAUAUACAAAAAGAAUAUAGAGAAAAAUAAUAUUUUCAUAAACUAAACAUCUCGGAUUGAGAAAGAAACUAUAUCUUAAAAUAAGACUUUACUAUAUUGAAUCUUUUUCAAUAAAAAUUACAUGAUAAUGCCUUAUGAAAGUAACUGUACAUAUGGUAUAAAGUGUUUAUAUUUGGUUCCAUAUUCAUUUGCUAAAUUCUCAUAACACAGAGUGAAAUAUUUCAUAAAUUAGCCAUUUAUCUCUGGGACCUGAAUAAAAAUAGGACAAACUAAUUUGUUCAAUGCCUUUAGCUAAUUACAAUACACAGAGUUAAGAUACAGACUAAAGGUCAUUAUAGAUAAAUCUUUUUCACCACAAAUUUAAGCAGUGAAUGAUGGGUGGCAGGAAAGAUAUUGCUUUAUUUCUUUCAAAUUUAUGUUGAUUAUAAAAUGUAGCCCCUGUGAUUUCUUUACUUGUAAAUGUGGAAUUUAUUUGUGUGUUGCUUUAUCUAAUUUGCUACUUUUAAAUCAUUUAAAAUGAGUUUUGGAGAUUGAUAAAAUUUAUCAUUAAGAAAGACUGUUGUUAGAAAGUUAUGGUGGAUGAUUAAAAAACUUUAGUAUUUAAAUAUGAAACUGCAAAUAUAAUUUCUCAGAGCUGUGGUCUACCUGUAAUAUUAAUUUCAGUGCCUGUUUUUGUGGGCAAAAAUAGAGAAAAUACCUUUUUUCCAAAAAAGUUUCAAAGUAUAUAAAAUCCUGAGUCUGUCUUACUGGAGAGAAAGACAAGCAUAGUUAAUAUAGAAUUAGUUAUUUUUUACAUUAGAAUUGUUUUCCUCUAUAAAUGAUCAAAAUUCAUUUUAUAAUCCUUUAAAAAUAUUUCU